AGGGAUACAUUUAAUCAAAUAGACAAAGUGUGAGAAAGUGGGGCAGACUGGACGAGAGAGAUCAUAUUGUCAGACACUUCUACCUACUUCUGCCAAACUUCUGAAUAUCUGCGUACAAAGUGCUGCAGCAGACUUUAAAAAUGCCCUGGUCAUUAAGUCAGCUCCUGAGCUGCUGCUCAAGACAGCAAGGAAUUAAUCGAGUCCGUUUGAUAACCAGGGACGGACACUGUAAUAUUGAAUAUGGCAAAAUGAAGUACAGCACCUGCUUCGCCUACAUGCACGAUAUCUGGUCCACCUGUGUUCAGAUUCGCUGGUAUUCCCUCACCUUCUUCUAUGUGGCCUCCUUCAUUUUCAGCUGGUUUAUCUUCACCCUUCUCUGGUACUGGGUUGGCUACAGUAAUGGAGACUUGUGGUGGCAAAACCCAUCAGCUAAUCACACUGCAUGUGUACUUAAUCUCUAUGACUUAACCACCGCAUACCUGUUUUCAGUGGAAACACAGCUGACGAUCGGCUUUGGCUAUAGAGUUAUUACCCCACUUUGCCCGAGUGCGAUCACAGUCUUCAUGGCUCAGAUUCUUGUUGGUAUUGUCAUCGCAUGCUUCUGGUGUGGUGUGCUGAUAGCUAAAAUUUCCUUGCCCAAGAAAGUCGCCAAAGCCGUCAGUUUCAGCGAGAAGGCUGUCAUCUGCUUUAAACAGGACACACUCAGUUUACAGAUACGUGUGGCCAACAUACGCAAAAGCUUGCUGCUCGGCAGUCAGAUCUACGGCAAGCUGAUCAGGACCAGAGUCACACCUGAAGGAAAGACCUUCAUUAUGGAGCAGGUCAAUAUCGACUUCAUGGUGGAUGCGGGGAAAGACAACUUGUUCUUUGUCUGUCCCUUAACCUUAUAUCAUGUGAUUGACAAGACGAGUCCAUUCUUCCAAAUGGCUGUGGACACUCUACAACAGCAGGACUUUGAGUUGGUGGUGUUUUUAGAUGGCACAGCUGAAUCCACCAGCUCUUCCUGCCAAGUCAGGACAUCAUACCUGCCUCAGGAGAUCAUAUGGGGCUACAAGUUUCUCCCCAUUGUCUCACGCAGCAAAGAGGGCAAAUAUCACAUAGACUUCUCCAACUUUGACAAAGUGGAACCUGUACCAACUGCUCACUGUGCAAACUGCUAUCACGAUUUGAAUGGCCGUCAUCACUUCUCCAACAAUGGCACUGAUAAUGCAGGCUUUGAGGUGAUAGAAAUUGACAGUCAAGACAAUCAGUUAAGUUCUGUGAACACAUAAAUGUUUAUAUUUGACCCUAAUGUGAGAGACAUUCUGUAGUAAUCAGCUAAAAAAGUGAUAUAAACAAAAGACAAUCACCACUACUGUUCACAAGUUCAGAUGUUUAGCUAUGAAAAAAGUUUUAACUAUGAAGUGAAAAAUGUAGGCAAAAAGUGUGGAUUAUAUUUGAACAAAAUGUGUCUCAUUAAUGCGGAAACACAAAUCUGCAAAAUCUUCUAUCAACAACGCCUGUUGGUGUUUUUUUUUUUUUUUAAAGUAUAUUAGAUUUAUAAGUAUAUGCACAGUUGUUGGAUCACUGUUUACACUGUAAGAUGUUUCGCUUUCUUUUGCACAAUAAAGUAAAUAGAAAAUACAUGAGCAAUUUCCACAGAUAUUUCUCAAUUUCAGCCAGAAGAAGUCAUGCUUCUUGACUUGAUGCAUUAACAAUGAUUUAAGUACCUUCGUGUUACAUCAUUAUACGCAAAACAAAAGAGAAACCCAGUUGUCUCUGCCAGGAAGACAGGGCUGGGAUGUGUAUAGAUCCCAAAUAAACCCAGAAAUUAUUGCAGAAACUUAAGUUGUGAUCUUUAUAUCUGGAGUUAAAUAUAAUUAAAACCCUGUGGUCUGAAUUAAAGACAGAAUCAACAUCCUCCACCUUAUCAGACAUUAGAUAGCUGGUUAUGUUAAAUAGCUAGACUAAAUAUCUAAUGUGUCUAAGGUAUUUACUAUCAAUAGCUUGCAAUAACCUGCAAAGAAUAUUAUUAAAAGCAAUAAGUUUAAUGUGAUAUUGAUAAUGUGA